AUGACAGAGUCCAUCCGGAUCGCCGGCUUCAUCGACAUCAACCGGGAAGAGACCAACCUCUGUGCGGAGCAUCUGGUCCGCGUCUUCCUCGCGCGCCGGGUGCUGCCCCUUCAGCGGCGUGCCCACAAGAUCAGCGAGAUGUCGGGGCCAAUGGACCCGACAAGGAUCACAACCCAUCGGCUUAGCCGUACCGACUUGGUCCUUAAGGCCAAGCAGAUCUGCCAGAACCCGCUAAGUUCUAGCGGGGGAUAUGGGCUGGCCCCCUAUAGCCGCCGCAACUCUCCUCCGCGGCGAAACUUUCGCCGGAUCGGCCAGGAGCAUCCAGCUUCCUACACGCCGGAUCGGAUCUUUCAGGACGACCUCGACGCCAAUCCCUACGUGAGGGGAAGGCAGCAGAUGGGUCGCACCCACACCCCUCAUCCCGGCUCCGAGGGCCGGAAGAACAAGGCGCCCGCUACCGAGGCCGGCUCAAGCCAUGCUCCUCCUGCCAAGCGCUCCCGGCAGGAAGUCGUCGGUGGGAGGAAGGUUACCGCCAAGCAUCACCGGAAGAUGCCAGUUGCCUCUGGGCCUACCCUCAAGAUAACUAAGAGCGCCUCUGGCAUGAAGCCGGAGAGCUCUGAGGAUUCGCCCAUGGCCUCACCUCCUCCUCAACCAAGUCUGGUACCAUAUGGUGCCGGCAAACCUUCUGCCUCCCCUCUGGGGGGCAGCACAAGUACGGGGCGCGCGGCCCCUAAACCUCCACAGCACCGCUCGGAGGGGAAACCUGUUUCUCCUCCUAGGACCCAAGAUACCGGCGCUAGCAACAUCGGCGCCGGUGCUGAAGACGCCGGGCAGGGGGAACCUCUAGUUCCUCCUAUCCCAAAGAAGAAGAAGAAGAAGAAUACUGCUUCCUCUCCCUCCAAGGCCGCGCCGGACUCUUCCGGGCCGGCCAGCUCCUCUCUGGCCAAGGAAGCUCCUGGGGCUUCUGCGCGGUCUAAGACUCCAACGCCUCCACCGGCCGCUUCUACUGGCGGGCCCGCUCCUGCGCCUUCUUCGCUGGUGUUGCACACCAGCCGCACCUCCGUCGUGGCCGGAGAAUCGCUGGGCCGGAUCACCGAGCUAACCCGCGGAGGAGUGGAACUGGGGUAUCUCGCUGAUUACGCCCAUAAGUGGAAUCAGGCGGAUCUGCCCCCUGCUACCUGCGGCCUGGGGAAGGAUAGGCUGCCGGUUGCGGACCCUGCCGGCCCCCGGAGCACCGCCCAGCACUUUGGCCGGUUGCAGCGCGCUAUCAAAGAAUUUGACACCGCGUGGCACGACGCCAACAACAAUGUGGUGGCACAGCUCAGGGCGGUCGAAUCCCGGCAUUCCCAGGAGCUCGAGAAGGUCCGGGCGGCAGCGGAGGUCAAGCUGAACGAAUCCUUGGAGGAGUUCACGAACUCCACCGCGGUGUUGCGGGCUGAGCUGGAGGAGCGGACCAAGGCUCAGGAGGAUCAGAGCAAGGCACGGGAGCUAGCUGAAAACCAGGUUGCCGCCCUCAUGACGGAGCAGAAAGACUACGACCGGUUGGUCGUGCAAACCGACACGCUGCUCCUCAGGAUCUUUCCGGACUCCCAGGAGUACGCCGUCCGGAAGGUAGAGGAGCGCAGGACGGAGCUGUCUUUCCGCGACCGGGAGCUUCCCUGGGAUGCGUAUGACCACCUGGUCGCGCUCUCCUCCCGUGUCCAGCACAUGCGCGCCGUGGACUGGCACUUGGUCGAUCUGCCAGAUCAUGCCAAGGAGAUCUGCAAGGUGCUAUGGCCUGAGGAGGCUGUGCCGGAGAGCGUAACGCUUAUCUCUGACCACCUGGAUCUGGAUGCCUUUCACGCCGUUCGUGACGAAGCACCCACAGACAUGGAUCCGGCCUUGACCGCCAAGCGCCAGGAUCGUGCCUACCGGAUUGCGGAGUUCGCCCCCUUCCGCACCUUCAUUCCUCCCCCUCCUGAAGUCAAAGAUGCGCUCUCUGAUGACGAGGAAGACAUCGAGGAGGAGGAGGAAGAAGAAGCCGGAGAAGGCGCUGCUCCCCCGGAAGCUCCUGAGGCCGGUGCUCAGCUCCCUGUUUCCUGA